AGUUGCCAGUCAGACGAGUCAGAUCAGAUGGCCGAUAAGAGCUAGGUUUAAGUGGUUUAAAGCUUUCACUUGAUGAAACACCAUGAAAUAAUUUCGUGGAUUGUUGUCAAUCGUUGUAACUUGCCGAUUAAUUAUUGUCAAUAAUUCGAAAAUGAGUGACAGUAAAAAUGAUGAAGAAAAACCUAAAUCUGAUUUGAGUUUUUUAGAAGAAGAUAAGGAAUUUGAAGAAUUUCCCGCUGAAAGUAUGUAGAAAAAUGGUGCUGUUCUUUCAUAACCUAACCGAACCAAACUUCUAUUCAGAAAACUCCGUUGAUGUCACUAAAGGAAGGUCAGGGUGGUUGGUCAGGCUUUAUGUGAAUCCGUACCACUGUAUUAAAACCUUUGGAGAUUGGACAGAUAAAGAUGAAGACGAUAAAGAUAUAAAUGUAUGGGAAGAUAAUUGGAAUGAUGACAAUGUAGAAGACGAGUUCAAUGAUACAUUGAGGGCGGAGAUAAAGGAGCGAAAUGCCAAGCUGGAGUUGGAGGAGCAAAAUGCCAAGCCGGAUUUGGAGGAGCACAAUGCCAAGCCGCAGAAGUAGCUGCUGGAUUUUGAAAUUACUGUUUGAUAAUCAAUAUUUUUGGUUUCUAUAAUUCAUCCAAUGAUCUUAUAAUAAAGAUUUUUUAUUGUUUGCCCUUAAGUAAUUCUCAGUUUCAAAAAAACCAUUGUUUGUAAUUUUUAUUUUUUAAGAAAUAUGUAAAGAAAUUUGUCUAAGAA